AUGAACAUCUCGGGCACUUUGAACGUCUUUCGGCUGAUUUGGAAUCCGACUCUUUCUUUUAGGAAGGAUGGGGUCAACGAGCAGAAAGAGGUAGACAUCCAAGCUGUAGUGCUCGACAAAGACAACUGUUUUGCUGUUCCACAUACCGAUGAGAUUUACAAGCCAUAUGAAGAUCAUUUCCAGCGCCUGCGACGCGCUUAUCCAGGCUCAAAACUCUUGAUAGUGUCUAACACAGCUGGCACAUCAUCCGAUAAGAACUAUGCCCAGGCCGAUGUCUUGGAGGCCAACACCGGUGUCAAAGUGUUGCGACAUACCACCAAGAAGCCUGGCUGUAAGGAAGAGGUCAUGGCUUACUUCAGGGCGCAUCCAGACUCUGGUGUGACCAGACCAGAUCAAAUUGCAAUAGUAGGAGACCGCCUGUCUACGGACGUCAUGAUGGCAAACCUCAUGGGUGGAUAUGGGGUAUGGGUCAGAGAUGGAGUACAGGGCCGGGGUUUUUUUGCGAGAGUUGAGGAUAGGCUGCAGAGCUUCCUCUUCAGGAGAGGAUACGCUGCGCCUGAUCCUAGCCGGAAUCAGUUCGAGUAA